UGCUAUGUGUGUGAGUGUACAUCAUACAUAAUAUACCAUAGAGUACAGUCUGGCCACCCUGUGCGAGGCGUCCUUGACUGAGGCGUGUUUGCGGCCAACUUCGCUCGGGCCACGUUUGCUGCCGUCGCCCCCGCUGCUGCUGCUACUUCUGCUUCUUUUCGAGGCGAACUGCAAAGGCCCCUUCGUCGCGUUUCCCCUCCGUAGCGAGAGAGAAGCGACGGCAGCCAUUAUUGUAUAUCGUUGCGCGCAUAUAGAGCCAAGUAUAAACGCCAACGCGCCUCUCAAAAUGACCGAUUCCACAGACGAAUGAAGCGAGAAAGAGCGCGCGCGGGUGCGGUUCCCGCAGUGACUUUAUGUGUUUGCGUUUGACCCGACUCGUUUUUAACAACAGUUUACGCCGAUAGCAGUUUUCUAACCCGUCCGACGGGGCCGAGCCCUUGCUCUGCCUGUGCUGCACUCGCAGGCACGCUUCGACUUUCUCGUCGUCGUCGCUCCUUCGCAUCGUCCGUCUUCUCGUUUUCUCUCGGGCCUUUCUCGCCCAUGAUCGAGCCGCGACACACGUCUAUACUUGUAUAUUGUCAUCGGCUCGCGCUGCAUCGUCGUCGCGUAUGUGCGCGCUCUCGAGGCAACAACUGCACGCACACAUAUACGACUUCUCGUUUUCUCUCUCUUUCGCACUCGCACAAACGCAUAUGUGAGAAAUAAGCGAAACGCGCAUCUCUAGGAAUUUCCUCGCUAAAUAAACGCCGACGCGUCGCGCCCCGGUCAGCCCACGCCCAGCGGAUAUUGCUCGGAUGGCACAUCCUCGGGGAGUUUCGCUGACUACGCUGCGUAUAAUGUGUGAUGAGUGAUAAACAAAGUGCACCCAGUGUGCCGCCCCUAACUAGGGGUGGAGUAGGAAAUGCAGAUAAAAAUGUCAACCAAAAUCAACAAGAAACGAACGUGCAAAAGAAAAUUACAAAUGUCACAUCAAACAACACACCAAUCAAACUUGCCUCUUCAAAAAUUGAGCAGGUCAUUUCAGCAAGUCACAGCACAUCAAAUCAGUCUGCCAGUGUUUCACGUAUCGUUAACUCGUCAGAUCCCAUCGAUGUGGUUAAAGUCUCAGAUACUGAUAACUCGAAAGUCACAGUUGCACCAUCCGCCAGUCAGAAUACUAAGAUAGGGUUGACAAAUUCGCCAAAACUCGUUCGUACAUCAGUAUCCAGCAUGAUCUUGCCGUCUGAUCAUUCAUCAUUAUCCAAAGAUGCUGCAGAUCCAUUAGUAGUUUCAAGCUCAUCAACAUCUUCUUUGACAUGCCAAUUAGCACUAUCAACAGACUCAACAUCUACAUCGUCACCACCUGCAAAAAAGUGUAAAUUACAAGAAGAUGUAGAUAUUCCAAUUGAGUUAGCAGAGCCUAAUAUUUUAAAGCAAGCUAUUCUUGAUUACAAAUUACAAAGGUUAUGUUUAGUGCUCAAUGAGUAUAGAGAAAACGCCACAGAAUUAUUUUUUCUUCAGAACGGUGGCAAUAUUCUUGACUAUGAUAAAUGGAAGAAAGAACUUCCAACAGUUGAAUACUCAGAAUUCAUGAAAAAAUAUCAAUUAGGAACAGAUAGUGAUGAGAAGUUAAUGCAAUCUGCAACUGGUGAUGUUGGAACUGACAAUUUAAUACCUAGUUCAAGUGCAUUACCAGUAGUUUUAACUGAAGUGACUUCGGAUGUAGCAUCAACAUCAGAAACUGUUACAGCUACAUCUUCAACAGUGUCAGAAGUUGUGUCGACAAUGACAACAAGUGUACCUGUGUCUACAGUUUCUACACCAGAAGUUUCUACUUCUGGUGACACACCUGUAGAUGUUUCAAUGACUUUAACCUCUACAGUAGCAGAAUCAAAUCAAAAAGAUGAAAUGCUAACUGAAGUAAAAACUGAGGAUUCAAACUUGGUGUCUAAUUGCAAUCCUUCUUCGGAUAAAAUGCCAAUGACCAAUAACACUGAUGCGUCUUUGCCAAAUGCUAUUGUAAAACUGGUUAAAUUGCCUGUUUCUACUUUAGCAACUUCUCCUCCCUGUGAUACAGUUAUUAAUAAUCAGGAAAACAUUGUAGAAAAAGCAAAGCAAGAAGCUUAUGUUGUACAAAGGAUAGCUGAAUUACAAAGAGAAGGUUUGUGGUCUGAAAAAAGACUUCCCAAAGUACAAGAACCUCCUAGGCAAAAAGCGCACUGGGACUACUUAUUAGAAGAAAUGGUGUGGCUCUCUGCAGACUUUGCCCAAGAAAGAAAGUGGAAGAAAAGUGCUGCAAAAAAGUGUGCUAGAAUGGUUCAAAAAUACUUCCAAGAAAAAGCAAUUCAAGCUCAGAAAGCAGAAAAGCUGGAAGAGUUGAAAAUGAAAAGAUUGGCUAGUUUUGUAGCUAAAGAAAUAAAAACCUUCUGGGCUAAUGUUGAAAAGUUGGUGGAGUAUAAACAACAAACUAGACUGGAAGAAAAAAGAAAAAAAGCAUUAGACCAACAUUUAAAUUUUAUUGUAGAUCAAACAGAAAAAUACUCAUCUUGGUUAACAGAAGGUUUGAAUAAAGUUGAAGGAAACUUAAGUACACCUGCAUCUAUUCAUAGUUCACGAAUAUCAUCACCCAUACCAGUUGAUCAUCACUCUGAUGAUGACUUUAAGCCAAAUCAAGAUUCUGAUGAUGAUGAAGAAACUAUAGCAAAAGCAGAAGAAGAAAUGAAAUCCAAUCAUAAAGAAGAAGUGGAACUGCUAAAAAAAGAGUCUGAACUCACCUUGGAAGAUCUAUUAAAGGAAUUACCACCCAAUUAUUUGGAAGAAAGAGAUAAAAGUUUAUCUCCUUUACCAAAAAAUAUAGUGGAAGAAGAGAAAGAUGAUAAUGAAGGAAAAGACACUGAGUUCACUAUAGAUUCGGAUGAUUCAUCGGAAGAUGAAGAAGAUACCAUUCAAGAACAAGAAAAAAUGGAACAAAACGUAGAUCAUAAACAAGAAUUAGAUGAUUUAAAGGCUGAAAAUGAAAUGUCGAUAGAUGAGCUCAUGGCUAUGUAUGGGAAUGCUGGUGAAACUUCAUUAGAUUAUAAUGAGACUGAUAAUGAUACUGACUCUGAAAAUGAAGAUGAAAGCAAAUCUGAAUCAGAUAAUAAAUCAGACAGUGAUGAUGAAGCUCAGAAUGAUUCUCAAAGUGAUGAUGAACCUGUUGGGUUAAAGUCAUUAUUAGAAGAUUUAUCUGAUGAAAACAAAAGUAUGACUGAUGCAAAACAAAGUGAAAUGGAUUCUGUUGCUGCAAUUGCUGAAAGCUUACAACCCAAAGGAAAUACUUUACUUACAACAAGUGUUGUUACUAAAAUUCCAUUUUUAUUAAAACAUACCUUACGAGAAUACCAACAUAUUGGACUUGACUGGCUCGUCACCAUGUUUGAAAGAAAGUUGAACGGAAUUUUGGCUGAUGAAAUGGGGUUGGGUAAAACUAUCCAAACUAUUGCUUUAUUGGGACACUUGGCUUGUGAGAAAGGAAAUUGGGGUCCACAUUUAAUCAUUGUACCAACUUCAGUAAUGCUCAAUUGGGAAAUGGAAUUCAAGAAAUGGUGUCCAGGUUUUAAAAUAUUAACUUACUAUGGAUCCCAAAAAGAAAGAAAACAAAAAAGAACAGGCUGGACUAAACCAAAUGCUUUUCAUAUUUGUAUCACAUCUUAUAAGCUUGUGAUUCAAGACCAUCAAAGUUUCCGACGAAAAAAGUGGAAAUAUCUAAUACUAGACGAAGCACAGAACAUUAAAAAUUUUAAAUCUCAAAGAUGGCAAUUGCUUUUGAACUUUCAAACACAGCGUCGUUUGUUACUUACUGGAACACCACUUCAGAACAAUUUGAUGGAACUGUGGUCCUUAAUGCAUUUUUUAAUGCCGAAUGUGUUCCAAUCGCAUCGAGAAUUCAAAGAAUGGUUUAGCAAUCCUGUGUCUGGAAUGAUAGAAGGAAACAACGAAUAUAAUGAAAAUAUCAUCCGCCGUCUACAUAAGGUUUUACGCCCAUUUUUAUUGAGACGACUUAAAUGUGAGGUUGAAAAGCAACUACCAAAAAAAUAUGAACAUGUAGUCAUGUGUAGAUUAUCAAAACGACAAAGAUAUCUAUACGACGAUUUUAUGUCGAGAGCUAAGACAAAAGAAACAUUAGCUAGUGGCAAUUUAUUAAGUGUUAUUAACGUUUUAAUGCAACUGCGAAAAGUUUGUAAUCAUCCAAACUUAUUUGAAUCACGUCCAACAAUAUCACCAUUCCAAAUGGAGGGUAUUGAUUUCCACACAGCAUCGCUUGUUUGGAGUGCACUCGAUUAUGAUCCGUUUAAGCAUAUUGAUCUAUCUUGCUUUAACUUAGAUCUGAUAGAUUUGGAAUUCACCAUGACUGCAUUUGUAGCUCAUCGUAUAAAACGUUUGAAAACUCCUCGCAAACUUAUAGAAGAAAUUGAUAGUUAUCCUCCUCCUCCUCCUCGUUGCCCUGCAGGAAAAAUCAAAAUAAAUGUUCGAUUAUCAAAUCAAGUUUCAAAACCAACUGCAAAUGUUCCACCAAAUCAGCAACAAAUAAAAAUAAAAAGUUUCACGGGAGGAGUACUACCAUGCACCAAAAUAAGUAGUGCACCAUUAAUCAAUAAUUCUAAUAAUUCCGUAGCACCUAGUCAAGGUGUUACAUUAAAAGUUGCAAGCGGGCAUCAUCUACAAGGAUAUUCUGUUCAACUUGUUCCACAUCAAGGAACAGUGAAAGCAAUACCUGUAACUUCGGUAGCACAAAAUAUACAAAAUGCGGGAACAGCAGUGCCCACUACAAAAGAUGCGUCCAAAAUCACAACGCAAGCAGUUACUGUUAAGUCCGGCGAUUCUGUCCAAAAACUUGUUCCAGGCAUUGCUCAGUUAGUCCAAACUUCCACUGGAAGGCAUAUUAUUAUUACCAAUACUAAUCAAGAAACUCCUAAUCCAUAUUUUCCAAUAAUGACAUCCUCUGGACAAAGAUUAACUGUUUUUCCAAAGCAGUUAAUGAGUUUAUCUCCGACUACCGUAUCAGUUAAUAAAGUUAUCGGAAAUGUCGUUACUUCUUCUACAGGAAGACCAGUUAUGCGAGUUUCGCCAAUAAAUGUAAAUGCGUUAUCAGUGGGACAAUCACAACCGCAAGGAGCGUUUCGAUGUGGAUUAAUUACUAGAACUAUAGUAAAGGACGUCGAAAAAAAUCAGAGUAUAUCUGCUCCAAAAUCGGAAUUUCACUUGCUGGACUUGGAAGAAAGUCGACGAAAUAAAAGGCACAAUAAAUUAGUUUCAUUGGCUAAUAUAAACGAUAAAAGAUGCGCUGCCUGUCCUGUUUAUGGAGAGGACUUAUGUUCAACUUUGAAAAUGAAUAAUCAUGAGAAGUCUAGUGGAUGGAACAGUGGUUGGCUCCAUUGUUCUUUGGCCAAAGAACCGACCCGAACGCGAAGACAAUACUUUUCUCAUACAAAAGCACUAGCAGAAGCUAUCAAAUCAACUGAAUAUUAUGUUCAAGAGUUGAAAACUAUUUUCGAAAAAUUCCUUGUUCACGUUCCAGCUGUUUUGGCAUCUUCACCUAAAUUCCAUGUCUCUCAUCCACCACCUCAUAAACUAUGGAAAGAUCAACGACUGGUUUUAGAACUGAAGCAGCACUUAGACGAAAAAUUAUCCAUUUUACAUCCUAUUGCUAGCUCAAUGUUGACCCAAUUUCCGGAUCCACGUUUAAUACAGUACGAUUGUGGAAAAUUGCAAUCACUAGAUCAACUUCUCAGAAAAUUGAAGACCAAUAAUCAUAGGGUUCUUAUUUUCACGCAAAUGACAAGAAUGUUGGAUGUUUUGGAAGCUUUUCUCAAUUACCAUGGUUAUAUAUAUCUUCGAUUAGAUGGUGCUACGAAAAUUGAUCAAAGACAAGUGUUAAUGGAAAGAUUCAACAAUGAUAAAAGAAUAUUUUGCUUUAUAUUAUCUACCCGUUCUGGUGGAGUUGGUGUUAAUCUUACUGGAGCUGAUACAGUCGUAUUUUAUGACAGUGAUUGGAAUCCAACUAUGGAUGCUCAAGCUCAAGAUAGAUGUCACCGUAUUGGGCAGACUAGGGAUGUGCAUAUUUAUAGGUUAAUAAGUGAGAGAACGAUCGAAGAAAAUAUCCUUAAAAAAGCUAAUCAGAAAAGAUUGCUUGGCGAUCUUGCAAUUGAAGGUGGCAAUUUUACGACAGCGUACUUCAAAAGUUCUACCAUUCAAGAUCUGUUUAACGUCGAUCAAUCAGAAACUGAUGCUUCUACGCGAAUGGCUGAAGUAUUAGAACAAAAUAAGGAUCGUGAAAAACAGUUCCAGAAAGAAUCAACCGUACCUGAAGAAAAAUUAGCUAUAGGAGCAUUGGAAAGUGCUCUUGCCGCAGUUGAAGAAGACCUCGAUGUCCAAGCAGCUAGAACGGCUAAAGCUGAAGCUGUUGCUGACUUAGCGGAAUUCGACGAAAAUAUUCCAGUGGAUGACGUCGAUAAUGAAGAUGCACAAGUUAGCAAAGCUGAACAAGAAGUUCAGAAUUUAGUUUCUCAGCUCACGCCAAUUGAACGCUACGCUAUGCGUUUCGUUGAAGAUUCUGAUGGACACUUUGCCGCGGCUCAACUUGCUGCUGCUGAACGUGAACUUGAGGAACAGAAAAAGGAGUGGGAACUAGACCGCUUAAGAGCUUUGCGUGACGAAGAAGAACGACAAGCGCGACUCGCUGAGGAUGACGACGAAAACCUUAUCACGUAUUCACAGGAAGAUGCUCGAAAUCAGGUUAAUAAUAAUAAAAAUAGCAUUUCUAGACGUGUCGCAAUUAGUAAUAGUAACAAAAAAUUAACGAAGUCAGGUAGAAAUAAUCGUCGCGGUAGGACGCGACAAUUGUCUAGACGCAGUAGUAUGACGCGAGGAUUAGUUUCUAAGAAUUUAAAUUUGAAAAGCGAUAAUGAGGAUAACGCAUCUUCGUCUUCAGAUAAUGAGUCAGAUACCACAUCGCUAACGGAAACUGACUCACAAAAUGAAGACAUUGUUUCGGAUAAUAGUUCGGAAGAUGAGCGUAAUUUUAUUCGAGUGGACGACGAAGGUAAUGACCAAGUUAAAAAAUUCCCCGCGACUAAAAAAAAUAAUUUGAAUGAUCGUAGUCAACCCGUACAGAACCAUUUAGACCUUAAUAGUCCCAGAACAACGCGAUCUAGAGGUGACGUUCAAAUUAAUCUUUGGACGUUAGAUGUUAGUCCGCUUUUACCUGAAAGUAAACCUCGAAAUCGUAAAAAACACGUAAACGAAGAAAAAUUAAAUGAAUCAAUCAAUACUUCUUUAACAUCAAACGCCGAUGAUAAUAAAGACGAUGACGCAACAUUCAUUGAAAACUCAGUUAAUGACUCGACUAUAAUUCCUGAAAUGAUCCCGACAGUACCAGAAGCUAAAGCAUUUAUAAAAUCUUCGAGUGAGCAAAUACCUACAAGUAGCAAGUCACUUUUAGAAACGAACAAUGAAACGUCUGAAUUUUCAGAUAAAAAUUCCCAAAUACUCAGUAUUAACGAAACUUCCAUCGAAGUACAAAGUAUUGAUUCCAAAAAAAAUGUAACCCCUGUAGCUGGUAAAGUUGGUCGACCUCGAAAACAGUCUCAGUCAUCAUAUCCUGUAAUUAAAGUAGAUUCUUCAUUAUCAAUGUACUCUACCAGAUCUAGCAAAAUUUCGGCUCCAAAAGCAUUUAUUGAUGAAAAGUCUGAUAAUAAAAAUAAAGAAGAAUUUAACUUUGAUGAUAUUGAUGUUUCAAAUCCUUUAAUUAAAAAAAUUGAAAUACAUAAUAUUCAAAAUAAAGCACUUGUUCAAACAUCUAUCGAUGAAAGUAAUAUUGAAAAAUCCGAUUGUACAGUUUCUAGUGAAAACAAAUGUUCAGUUGAUAGUGAAAAAUCUCAAAAUGACUUGUACUGUAAAGAACUUAGUUCUUCAAAUAUGCAAGUAGAAUAUGCACAAACUGAAACUGAAAAAGAAAAAGUUGCUCGUUGUUAUUCGCGAAUACGUUCAGAAUUGAAAGAUGAUUCUAAUUUAUCGAAUGCAGAGGACGACAUCGCUUCGUGCAAGUUAAUAAUUUCAAAAGCUAUGAAUCGCGAUGGUGAACAAAAUAAUCGAGAUAAUGAUCAAAAACUUUCCAUAACGCCAACGAAAUGUGAUAAUAAUCUAACACAAGAUGAAUCACUCACUCCUCAUAGAAUUAGUCCCAUUUUAAAUAGAUUUUCUAGGAUUAAUCGAGCAUCGAAACGAUCUAGAUCAGAAUCCAAAGAAAAACCCAUCUUGACAGAAAUUCCUAUCGAAAAAAAAAUUAAAGUAGAAUCUCUUGAAAAAAGUAAUUUUGAUUUUAAUGUUUUACCUGAUAAAAUUCCUUCUAUGGACAGGGAAUCACUAAGAACUACUCGUUCUUCAACUAGAUUAUCUGAAACAAAGCCGGCUGUUAGCGAUGGUUCUUCAUUCAUUGUCCCCUCAGAAGUAGUUAAAUUAAAUGAUACCUUAGUAGUUACUGACACUAACUCCCUUGAUGACUCCGAGAAGAAAUCAUUGAUGUGUAAAAAUUCUGCCACAGAAGAAUCAAAAAUCGCUCCUAAAAUCACUCGAUCGUCUACUCGAUUGGCAAAUAUCAAGCCUGAUUCUAGUUUAAACGAAGAAUUAAGUGAUUCUUUGUCGAACAUAGAGAAAACUGCCACGCAAACAAUCCAAGAAAUCGAUACAUCAGUAAUAAAAUGUGAAAAAUCAGUGAAUAAUGCAGGUAAUGUUUUAGAAAAUAUUAAAAACGCAUCAACGAAUAUAACUGAAAUUAAAAAUGUUGGAAGUAUUUCAAAAGCUUGCACUGCUAAAACGUCUACACUUGUUGAUAAAGUAAUUUCUCCGUUUAAAAAUGAGUCAGAUUUCAUUUCUGUUCAAAAAAUAACUUCUAGUUGCGGAAGCGAUUCAAAUUCUAAACAUUCAUCCGAGACUCCAUUGCUCGUUUCUCCUUCUACUUCAAAUGUUAAAAUAAUUAAACAGGAAGACGAAGUGGCUGAAGUUCCAUCUAUCAAUGCCAGCAAAGUGAGUGAUAGUAAGCCUACACUUGUUGAAUCAAAAUCGUCCAAAAACGAUGUGCAGGUGUCGAUGAACCCACCUCGUUCUACCCCCAUUUCAUUAAAAUUAGGAUUGCGACGCCGUCCUGACACUCCGAUGCCUCUUUCAUAUUCUGUUAGACCGGUUACAAGGUCUCUAACCAAUCAUAAUAAUAGUGACAGUGAAGGAUCAUCCAGUGUAUGUGCUCAAGCCAUUAGUUCUCCAUCUUCGUCCCAAACUUUAGUGAAAUCGAGUCCUCGAAAUAGCCCAAGAACUUUAAUGAUCGAAAAUAGCUUUGUGAUACCUACAUCUCCUAUCGGAGUACGAAGGAGUCGUUCAACGACGUAUAUCAAGAGAUCUGAACGUUUAGCAAUGGAAAAUAAAGACAAUACAAUAACGGGUAUAAAUCGAGUACGACCUAGCGUCAUACCCGCAGAAAACGCAAUAGUCAACCGUAUGGCUCUCAAAAGAAGACCAGAUACGCCACUGCCGUCACCCGAGCAAAUUUUAAAAAUCGCCAAUCGUUCCAACGUACAAUCAACUUUGACAAAAACACCGUCACCUACAAGUUCAAAAGUUAAAGCUGCUCGACGUUCCGUAGAUCUACCAAAAGAGCCGUCAUCGCUAGAUGCGAAUACGAAUAAUGAAGAUUCGAGUUCCAAUUCUAAUGGAAAUUCUUUUAGUUCUCAGCCAGUUAUCGAUUCAGAAAAACCACAAAGGACCGCUAAAGUGGUCGCAAUGAUAAGCCUUGAUUCCAAAAGUCUUGGCAAAAGUAGUUCAUUUUCAUCUAAGCCAAAACAACAUAAUUCUGAGCUUUCAUCGAUGAAUCAUACCAAAUCGCCCAAAAUUUCUCGUAAUAAAAGUGAGGCUAAGCAAGGAACUAUAACGACCGUAACUCUUGAAGACGAGCCGGAUAGUCCUAACCCAAAUAAACCUUUAAAGCGUCAAAGACAGUUGAGUAUAAAAGCCAUGUUUGCUAAGUCCAGUUCGACGCCGAGCAAAGACGCACAAACGAUCGAACUCACUGACGAAGACGACGAUGACAAACCCGCAAAAAAACUAAAUCGUUCUACUGCAUCACUUGGUACACCUACUCGUCCGCUCGACUAAUGCGUACGCUCCGCGAUAAAACUAUGAUCGUUUACUUAUCCUCAUGAAGUGACAAUGUUAUGCAAAUUACCGAGAGCUUUUGAACUCAAGUUUCGUAUCUUUAUAUAUAAUAUACUUCUUGUGUUUCGCUGAAGUAGUAAUGUUUAUUUGAUUAUAAGCAUAGAUUCAGCCACCUACGGAUACUCAUACAUACGUGUGCAUUGCAUACUGUGCAUCCGUAUAUGUAUAUAUUUAUAAAUAUAUAUUUUGUAAUAUAUAACAAAUACGCGUCAAAAUAUCAUGCGGAUCAGAUAAACUAUAUUCAAAUAAUAAUUUACUGUACUUAUGAAAUAUCGAUUCAUAGAGUGCACCGAGAUAUUAAACUCUCAUUUUAUUUUGACAAGUGAAUUAUUAAGUAGGAUGCCAGUUAUCCUCAUGUACAUAUAUAAUUAAAAAUAUAUAAAAUUUAAAUAUGAAUAAUUCCGAACGUGCAACCAUCGAUUAUGAAUUUUUUACGAUGCCGAAAAUUCGUAAAUCGAGAAGAAAGCGUAGGAUUUUUAAUUGUCUAUGUCUAAAACAGUCUUGACUCGCAUCUUUCACAAAUGUUACGUUGAAAACAUAACAAUGCAGAUUACUAUCUGGGCCUUUGUAAAUAUAACUUAAGCUUUAUUUUUAUUCUUAUUAAAAUUAAAUUCUUUAAAUUUGAUCUUAUGACUGUUUUUUGUGUAUUUAAUUUAUCGAUUUCGUAAUUUGUAUUACAUAAAGAGACAAAACUGUGCGUAAACUUAUUUUAGUUGUUCAACGCGAAUUAAUUUCUGUGGUAGAUAUUAGACAUAAUUAAUUUUUAACGAGCUAGUAGGUAUUUCGAAGUUACUAAUGGCGUGAUAUUGUAGGUACGUUAAAUGUAGCCCUGCAUAACCGUUAAAAUAUUUAAAUACGCCUUAUACAAAGUAAAUUAAGGCGUUGUGUAUAGCUUUAUAAUACGAUUUCCCAUGGUUAAACUGUCUUUAUUUUUUCAAAAAUUGAAUAUGACUCAGAGCGACCUGUGGGAAAAAAUCCUAUUGUAAUUAUAGUGGAAAAACUGAAAGCGAUUAUAUAUUAUUCUUAAGUUGCGUGACUGUAUUUUGUAUGAUCGAAUGAGUUUUGAAUAAGGAAAUAAAUGAAAUAUUCCUUGCAAUGAACAAAUUAAAAAAAUUGUGUUUGUCUUAUUUCUUGGU